AUGGCACCCAGCGUAAUUGUCGUCGGCGGAGGCCUGUCUGGUCUCAGCGCUGCGCACACCAUUUACCUUGCCGGUGGAAACGUCGUUGUCCUUGACAAGCAGGCUUUCUUCGGCGGUAACUCUACCAAGGCCACCUCUGGUAUCAACGGUGCCCUCACCCGUACCCAGGUCGACCACGGCAUCCCCGAUAGUGUCAAGCAGUUCUACGAUGACACCCUCAAGUCCGCGCGAGACAAGGCCAGGCCCGAUCUCAUCAAGGUCUUGACUUACAAGUCCGCGGCUGCCGUCGAGUGGCUCCAGGAUGUCUUCAACCUCGACCUCACCCUCGUCUCCCGUCUGGGUGGUCACUCCCAGCCCCGUACCCACCGUGGUCACGAUGCCAAGUUCCCCGGUAUGGCUAUCACUUAUGCCCUCAUGCAGCGCCUCGAGGAGCUGGCCGAGUCCGAGCCCGAUCGCGUCAAGAUUGUACUGAAGGCCCGCGUCACAUCCCUGAACAAGUCGGGCAACUUGGUCACCGGCGUGACCUAUGAGCACAACGGCGAGAGCCAAACCGUCGAUGGACCCGUCAUCCUCGCCACCGGUGGUUAUGCCGCCGACUUUGGAGAGGACUCGCUCCUCGAGAAGCACAGGCCUGACACCAUUGGUCUCGCCACCACCAACGGUAGCCACGCCACCGGCGAUGGCCAGAAGAUGGUCAUGGCCAUUGGCGGCAACGGUAUCGACAUGGACAAGGUCCAGGUCCACCCCACUGGUCUUGUUGACCCCAAGGACCCCGAUGCCAAGACCAAGUUCUUGGCCGCUGAGGCUCUUCGUGGCGAGGGAGGUCUCCUCCUCAACGCCGACGGCGACCGAUUCUGCGAUGAGCUCGGCCACCGUGACUACGUCUCGGGCAUGAUGUGGAAGGAGAAGGACAAGAACAAGUUCCCCAUCCGCCUCGUCCUCAACUCCAAGGCCUCCACUGUCCUCGAUUUCCACACCCGUCACUACUCCGGCCGUGGCCUCAUGAAGAAGAUGUCCGGCAAGGAGCUCGCCAAGGAGAUUGGCUGCAGCCCCGACCACCUCCAGAAGACCUUCACCACCUACAACUCCAUCGCCGAUGGCAAGCAAAAGGACCCCUGGAACAAGCGAUUCUUCCACAACACCCCCUUCGACAUCAACGACACCUUCCACGUCUCGCUCAUGGAGCCCGUUCUCCACUUCACCAUGGGUGGCGUUGAGAUCAACGACAAGUCCCAGGUCCUCAACCAGGAGGGCAAGCCCUUCGACGGCCUCUUCGCCUGCGGCGAGAUUGCCGGUGGUGUCCACGGCGCAAACCGCCUUGGUGGCUCUUCCCUCCUCGGCUGUGUAGUCUAUGGCCGUGUCGCCGGUGACUCGGCGAGCAACUACCUCUUCCAGAAGGUGCUCAGCGGUGCUUCGUCUGGCGCCGCCCAGAGGCUGGGCCAGAUCUCCCUCCAUAUCGACCCCUCGCAGCCCGGAAAGGUCACGGUCGACUGGAACGCCCGCGGCGGCCCCGCCGGAGCGACCACCUCCACUGGUGGGGCCGAGAAGUCGGGUAAGAGCCCCAAAGCUUUCGAGAUUCCCGCGAAGGAGUUUUCCAUGGAGGAAAUUGCUAAACACAACACGAAGGAUGAUCUUUGGGUCGCUAUCCUCAACUUCAUGGGAAGAGAUGCGACCGAGGAAUUUGAGAUGCUUCACGAUGAUGAGGUCAUUCCGAAGUACGCGCCGCAGCAAGUGAUUGGAAGGGUGAAGGGUGUCGAACCUACUCUUGAGUUUUAA